UACACAUACAAACAGACAAUAUGUAUCAUAUCACACAUGUCCAUAUAUAAAAAAUAGAAACGAAUCGAAUUUUUCAACAAGGCAUUCUUACUACCCUGAUCAAGGCAGAUAUAACACAUCAUGAUCGUCAGUAAUCAUUUUUGAUUGUUUUUAAUGACUACAACAAAUCGGAAUAUUUAAUCACAAUGAGUCAUGUAUAGACAAAUAUGCAUAAUAUGAAAUUACACUAUACCUAUAUUCACCUACACAUACAAUAAAAUCAAAUGGCAGAUUAGAUAAUUCUAUGAAUUAUUUGGGAAAAUGAAUUUACACUACAAUCAUAUAUUCAAAGUCUAAGUAUUUAUUUAUUCUACUAUCAAUACUACCAAUAUGAACAAAACUUGUUCCUAUCUUAAGUGAUGUCUUUAUGUUCAUUUAAGAAGAAAAAAAAUGAAACAACACAAUAUAAUGUCUAUUUUAUGUGUACCUGGGUCAUGUCCUACUUAGAAUUUAAUUUGUAACCAGCAUUUAGAAUAACAACACUUGAAUUUAUUUAAUAUAUACUACUGAUAUAACGAUAACCAACAUAAAAUAGAAUAAACUCAGACAAAAGAAGAUAAUACUCUUUGAAUAAAAUAUCCUGAGUCCCACUGUGAAAAUCAAACUGGUGUGAACUUUACUGAGCAACGUCAUUCUCAUCAGUUAACUCAUUGAAAUAUUUUUUAUUUACAAGUAGUUUGCAUAAUUAAAAAUAAUGGAAUUUAUGCAGCCGUCAGUUUAACUCAAAUAUAUAUCGUCGAGCAAAGCUCAUUAAGUUGCAGAUCAUCGAAUGCACCUCAUCUUGAUCUUAGUUAUCCAAUAAGCCAAAUACUAUAGUUUUAAACCAUCUAAAUUCUUUAUAUUCAAAUUGCAAUAUGCUAUGUGGAAUAAGUAACUCAGUCAGUUCGCAUGAAAUCGCAAACACAAGUACUUUGACCGUAAAAAAUCAUAACCAUAACAGGAUCCAUUCAGAAUUUCCCAAUAAUCACUUCAAUAAAAUUCACAUGCUCAAAACAGAAACUGGUAAACGCCCACCAGCAGGUUAUUCCUGGGUCCCAAAUGAAAAAUUCGGUAUUCGACCUCAAUCACUUGGGCUAUACCAGUCAAAUCCCAUGUUACAUGAUCAAAGAAGCCUAGGUCCAAAUACUAACCCAUCAGACUCUUCACAUCGACCAACAAUUCUAAGCUCAAAUAUAGGUAGAAAAGAGGAUUUUAACAGUAAGUCUUAUUCCAAGAAAAGACGUGGAACCUUUGAUAACAAUAAUAAAAAUGUUACUGUUCCAACAAGUUUGGUAUCUCCGAAUAUUACUUAUAAUAGUAAUAAUACUUCUAAAAACGAGAAAUUCAAAACUAAUCUUCCAUAUUUUCACUCAUCUCACCCAAAGAAAAGUACGUCAAGAACUUCGAGUAGGGAAAAUAUCAGAGAACGUAGCCCUGUGAAAUUUUUUUCUGCUAAGGAAACACAUUUUCUGAAUUAUAAUGCAACGGGAAACGCACGUGAAUCAUAUAAAUAUGCAGCGGUAGUGAACAAAUAUAAGGAAAAGAUUCAGUCAAUAUCAGAUGAAACAACUAAAGUAUCUCAGGCACGAUCUGCUUCAACACCAUCAAGAAAAUUACCACAAGACGAAGAGAAAAACGCUAAGAAUGCUGAAUUCCAAAAGCUUCAUGAACCACAACUAAACAGUUCACAGAUAAAAUCACAUGAAGCUAAUAAAUUGAUAAAAGAUGAUAAUAAUACACAAUCUUCAUCCAAGAAAAAUGAGUUACAAAAUGUAAUUUCUCCAAGUAUUAUUUCACAGAGAACCGACCAUUUAGAUAUCACCUCCUUUCUUGCUACAUCAGGUAACAAUACACCUAUAUGGUCAACUAAUCCACUCCCAAUAAAUGCUUUAACGAAUAGUAGUGUUGCGAGAUUGUGUGACUUGACAGAUCCUGCAGACGCAUUCAACUCUAAUAAACAAAGUUUAACUCAUGACAAUUAUAUUAACAAUGAUUUAGAUGAAUUCACUCAGUUACAAAGUGUUUAUUCUCAAAUCACGCAUAAACAGAAAACUAAACAAAAAUAUAGUUUACCUAAUUCCAACUCUGCAGCAUCUAGUUUAUCUGCUGGAGAUGAUAGGACAUUUUGCGAUAGUGGAAUAUCUUCCUCAUCUUAUUCUAAAGAUAGCGCUUGUACAUCACCUUCUGAUCCAAAUGCCUAUAAUCCUAUGCCAUCCUUAGGGAUUAAUGAAUGGGUAUCUACCUGUAAAAUACCAUGUGAUAAAGAACCAAUAUUUGAUUCAAACUGUCACCAAAAACCAAAUCAAGGAAUAUCAUUAUCGAAAUCUUCACGUAUUCCAAGCAUUUCAAAAUUAACGGAUAGGCCUAAAAUAAAUACUUCCUCAGAGAUGGUUGAUUCACAACCAGCUUUCAGUACAAUCCAACGAACCCAGAGACCUAAAACAGUUGGAAAGUUGAUAUGUCAAUCAAGCAAGGAAGUUGCUUCAGUUAUUUCGCAAAACGAUGACUUUGAUUCACAGAGUCCUUCACUUAAAUUUAAUCAUGAUGUAAAUUCAUUAAAUAAAAUUUCUCAAUCAACAAAACAUUUGUGUGAUAAUGCUUCUAGACUUUAUUCUACGCCAAGUUCUUCAAAUGCAAUGAUUUCAAAACGUCCGAAUAAAAUCUUCAUUAAUUCAACUAGUGAUGAGGUUAGUAAAAGUGAGACGAUGAAUGUCAAAAUACAUAAUGAUACUGAUACUACUACUACUACUGCUACAAAUAAAACAAACACUACUACUUUUAAUAAUGCCAACAACUAUAAUCAUAACUGUAAUAUUAAUAAAGAUUUGCGUCCAGAUAAUUUGAUUAAAUUAGAACCACCUAGAUCAAAUGAAACAAUCGAUGAUAUUCAAUGUAAUCAACUAAAUCAGAUGUAUAUUUCUAACAAAAUGAAUAAACAGCACAAUCACAGUCAUCAGCAGUUGAAACUUUCAAAUGACCAACAACACAAGAUAUGCCACAACCAAUCAUCAGUUAUUAUCUCAGAUUGCGAUAAAAGUAAAGUUAAAAGAGAUAACGGGAAAUCAACAAUUCUUUAUGACGAACCAUCUUUGAAGAUAACAUGUAAUGAACUCGAACAACUUACUGAUACACGUGAAAUGAAUAGUUACUUUAAACCGUUCAGCCAAAGUGGAGCUAUUCCAAGACCCAGGGAGUUGUUCAGUUUAAUCACAUCAGAAAAAGUAGUUGGUGAUCAGAAGAAAUCACCUGAUAUUAAACCAAUUAAAUCAUCAGUAGUUACUAGUGAACCUGAAAUAUCCCUCUUGUCAAAAAGUUUGCCGGGUGUAGUAGCAGAGAAUCCAUACCAUAAGCCGGCCGACUUCACAAAUGAUCCCGACUUACUUUUGUCAUCUCUUUCUAAACUGAGUUGUGAUCCAUGUUUAGAAGAUAACUCUUGGGAUCAGAAUUACUUUUCUGAUGUUGAAAGUGAAUAUGCUGCACUAGAACUAAUACUACCUAUACCAAAACGUGAAAGUUUGACAGAAGCUGAAAUUGCCCUGGAAUUAGACAAAAAGUUAUCAGAAGCUAUACCUGAUCAAGUGUCGGGUGCGUUUGUGAAUAUUAUUAAUCCGAAUACUUCGUUGACUAACAAUGUGGUUUCCUCAGGAAAGUGCUUAGAGCCUGGUUACUUUUCGGAUACAGAAGCCAUAUUUUCAUCCCAGCGCAAGUUUAAACCAUUAUCUGAUCCUAACAACUGCAAACUUCCAAUUGCUUCCGUAGCCCCAAUAAUGUCUACACAACCAGCACCUUUUAUUAAUGUGUUAGAUGAAAAUAAAAAGCGUUUAUUGGCCCCAAAUAACAUAAACCUGAAGACACGUGAACUUUCAAGCCCUUUGCAAUGUACGUCGAAAAUCGAUGGCAUGAUGCAAAUACAAGAAAUAAAAUGGCCAAGACUCUGUAGUCUACAGAAUCUUGUUCAUAGUGAAAACAAAGGUCGACUGAGACAUUCUAGUAAUCACCACGACGCAAUUAACAAAACUUCUCUCCGAGUUACAAACUGCACUAUAGGUACAGGACCACUUAGUCAAGUUAAAUUGCCCUAUCCAACUGCAUCCAUGAUGGUCAAUGUGGGUUCGCUGAACGAUAUAACUGCGAAAUCCGGUGGUUCACAUUAUGAAGGCCAGAGAAAAGGAAUACACAAUACAUACUCUGAAUUAGAUCAAUGCAGAACAAGUGGUGCUGCUCCGGCUCUUAAUUGCCCAUCAAUAAAAAGUGCCGAUUUAAUGAUUGAAAAUUUUCGUCAAGAAACUAAACGUCUACAAGAUCAUAUCGGUGUCCUAUCGAGUCAUUUAUCAGUGAAGGAUAGCAAAAUUGAAACUUUAGAGGAGACUAUGGAAAAUAUGGUAGUUCGCCUUGAACAACUUCAGGCCAUGGACAACUUCAAGAAUUCAGAAAUACAUGAGCUACAAAGUAUUAUAAAUCAACUUCGCGAUGAUAUGAAUAGUAAAUCUUUGGUCAGCUCUCCGAGUCAUUUUCAACCCAAACCGCCAAGAUCAACAUCUUGUCGUACACUUCCUGAUGCUAUGUAUCAAGAUCUUCAAGAUUCCGUAAGUCUAAAUAGUUUUACAAGCGGAACAAGUGCUGGUAGUCAAGAUCCUUCAAUUCACUCACAACAACAACAGCAACAGAAAAUGAACUCAAAAUCUGACGAAAAAUAUCCCAAUCAAAUUAGUAGAAGUCCAUCAGCAUUAGAUACCGAGAGGUCAUAUGUUAAACACUCACAUUGGUUACGCUCAUCAUUUAGCAAAGCGUUCAAGAAAAGAGCGAAAAGUAACAUACGCCCAAAUGAUUCAGAAAUUUUAAUGAAUGACAACAGUACCACAAAGAAGCAAUUACUUACUACUGUUUGAGUCAUCAUCUCCAAGUCACAAUUUUGGUGAGCUCUCUGAAGCCACAUAGUAGCUCUAGUGAAACACUGCUAGUUCCUGACCCAAUAAAUACUAUACUCAAUAACAGGAUUAUGCUUUUGAUAUCAAAACAGUUACUAUUUAAUCCAUAAUUUCCUUCCUUUCUAAAAUAGACCUGCAUGGUUUUCAUCUCAAAUUAUCAAUUAUUUUUAGUCAUCAAAUUCAUCUGUAUGGCUUUUAAUCUCAAAUUAUUGUUCAAUACAUUAAUUUUUAACUUUUCUCCAGUCUACAAUCUACUCUGCAUGAUCAGGUUACUGAGAAUAAUCAUAAAUUACAAUGUGAACAACAACUGGAUCGAUUAUAUCUAACAGUUAGCCGAAUGCGUUGGCAAAUGAAUUUACUUGAAGCCAGAAAUAAAAAACUCCAGGAGAUCGUAUUGAAAUAUAACCCAGACGAAGUGCUACGCAACGAAUUAUACACAGUGAAAUUAGAGAAAAAAGUUUCUCUAUAUGACUUAUCAACUCAUCAUUUUCAAGAUUCGUGUCAAUUUGUUCAAGUAUUUGUUCAUACUGAAAGUAUAUGUCAGAGAAAUUUAGAUAAGAUUCCAAACACAAGUCAAUGUCGUGACCAACCAGCCGCUAACAAUAACUCUGAAGAUACACCGUUAAAUUGUAUUCGAUCAUUUAAGAUUGGUUGCACCGGACUAUUGGAUGAAAUGACCUGGGAAGACUUAGAUGAACGACUUCAAAAGUUACUUCAGGUAUAAUAUUGCUUCAUUGUUUAUGAAACUGGAAUUAUGUCAAGUGUGUAAACAGUCUUGCGUCUGUUAAUUGCAAAUUUGUAUCUUUUGGCAGCGUACUUUUGUUCAGCUAAAGUUGGUAUUAAAUCCGAAGCAUAAAUGCACAAAUUCUUUUCUUACUAAUCGAUUUUUUAUGCACAAAUGAUGACUGACAUUAAGUGAAAACUUCUUUCACAGAAGAAUUCAAUCAACUCCCUCAUAGUUAUGGGAUCAGUUAUUUAUCAUUAGUUAACUGUUUUUUAUGACAAAGAUAAGAGGAUUUUCAACUACUUACUUUAUGAUUUGAGUCAAGCCAAAUUAAGCAAAUGAAUGUGAUCAAGUUUAAGCUUUUUAAAGCACUACUUACAAAUAGGGAUAAUCACUGAAUUUCAAGUUUGCAUGGCUGUUAGUCCCGGUUACGUGAAAUUUUUAAAUCCUUGAAUUCUUCGAGUUCAAUAGUAAUAGAUGUGAAUGAACCUGGGACAAUAUUCUCCUUAAAAUGUAAAACGUGAAUCUCCUUGUUAAGAAAACGGUCUAUAAAAUAUCAACUGAGGAACUAUUGAAAACUAGUGAGUACUAGAUAGCUGUUUGCUUCUUAUUUUGCUACUCUUGAGUGGUGAGUACAUGAGACUUCAGAUAUCGAAGGCCAUACAAUACAUUAAGAUACUUUAGUCAAGAUAAGGUAAUUUUCUUUUUUCGGUCUUGACCAUUUGUGACACAGCUGAACUCUAUCACCGAUUAGGUACUGUCUCAACCCUAAGUUGAUUGACUUAACAGGUGACAGCUUUUUUCAGAUAUAUAAAAGACCAAUCUCUAAACCACCCACUAAUAACCAUACUAACAUCACUAUUAUCCCAUAAAUCUUAAGUAUUUCACCUACUGAAGUUAGUUCAUAAUGAAAUUACAGACUGAACAGUGGAAUAAUUUGCCACGUCCCUCUGCUUUAUAAGUAAGUAUUAGAACAUAUAGUCUGAUUAUAUUAAAAACAAUGUUCAUCUCUUCCUUUCGAUAAGUUCUCAUCAGUUUCUAUAACUGUGAAUUAAAAUUAAUUUUUCUAAGGGCUGGCAAAGUUUAAGACAGAUACUAUUCAACCAUUCGCUUCAGAUUAAAUACCUGAAGGAUAAAGUCAUUUAGUUGUUAUUAACUAUUACUGUAACCUUGGUUUUUCAUUUUAGUACAAUAUAAAGUAAAACCAGUUUGGUAAAAAAUACACCCAAACUAGUUUUCAGUCCUGACAACCUUUAUUCCAUCAAUUUAGCAAUGUCUUUGCCAAUUGUCUGAGUCAACAAUGUAUUUGAUGAACAACGAACUACGUGAUGUUGUCACUUACUGAUUGUUCUUAUUACCAUUAUCUUGAAAAGUGUUAGCGACAGUUUCUCUAUCUAAAUGAUAAUGUUUUCAUAUAUAUAUAUUGUUAGGUAUCAUAAUGAUAUGAGCUUCUAAGAAAGUAAACGUUUUCUUAAAUUACUUAUGGACUAGUGUCAAUGAGUGAAGAGAUAAAAUACAUGACUUACUAUGAUUACUUGCAGCUGAUAGACUUUAAGAGUUACUUUGUUAUUCUGUACUUACUUUAAAAUUGACAUUUUACAGGGUUUAAAAAUCACCACUCAAUAUUAUGAAAUAAAAAUAAUGAACUGUGAUACUUUGAAAAUUGAUGCUUACAUUAUAUUUAUGAUCGUGUCAAGUUUGGCACCGUUUUAAAUAUUUUACUUCAAAUAACAGAGUAGUAUCGACAGCUUUUAAAUACCAAACAUCCCUCGAAAUCUGGUACAUGGGACUCAAAAGAGUGAUAACAACAUCGGCACUGAAUUACGGUAGACUUACCUUAAUAACAGUCAAUUACCUAGUAAAAGGUGCUGUAAGAUUCUGUACUUUGAAACUUUCAGCAUUAAUUUUAAGCUAAAUAUACAUUACUAAGAUUCUACGCAAAAUUUAAUUGAAAAAGUUACAAAACAAAAUUGUAAUAUAUAGGGAC